CAACGGCCAUUAAGUCCGAAUGAAAAUACUUCAUCAUUCUUAUCAUUAAAAUAUUUUGUAGGUAGGUGUGUAUCUGCAAUCGAAUGGAAUCCAGAGAAUCACGACUUGGUUGCUGUCGGCUAUGGAAAAUUUUAUUUUUCCGAAAUUACCUCAGGGAUAGUGAUGAUAUGGAAUAUGAAAAAUCCGGUUCAGCCAGAGAGGACUUGGAAUUUUGAAGCACCUGUAACAACUUUAAGUUUUUCAAAACAGGAUCCAAAUCUUUUAGCCAUUGGUUUUUAUGACGGUUUGGUAAACAUAAUUGAUAUCUCAAAACGAGAUUUAUACAUCGUAGGCCAAAAUGUUUCAUCUUUUGAAUGCGUUUGGUGUGUCUUGUGGCGAGUCAACCUCGAUCAUCCUAAGAACGAAGAACAGAUUUGUGCCUCAUCAGAUGAUGGAAAAAUAAUUUUUUAUUCCAUUGGCAAUAGUAGAGAAAUGUCGUCGCAGCAAAUGAUGCGCGUGGCCAAAGCCGAUGGCAAACUUAAAGGAUUUAAUUCAAUGAGAAAAUGUACGAGUCUCACUAUACCGGUAUCCAGAUAUGCUGGUGCAAGGUUUAUUAGAUUGCAUCCGAGUGAUCCAACAAUUUAUUUGGUUGGUACCAAUGAGGGAGUGGUUCAUAAAUGCUCUACUAAUUAUUUGAAUCAACAUUUGGAUCUCUUUCUUGCCCACGAGGGCCCUAUAAAUGAUCUACAAUAUUCACCGUUUAGUAGAAAGAUUUACGCUACGUGUGGUGAUGAUUGGUUUUUGAGAAUAUGGGCAGAAGGAGUGGAUGAACCACUUCAAGAACUUUUCGUAGAAAUGUUUUCAGUGCAAGGGAUAGCCUGGAGUCCUACACAUUCAACAAUUUUGGCUACGAUUUACGAUAAAACCAUUUUGCUAUGGGAUUUUCAAAGGAAGGUUUGGAAACCUCAGUCACAAACUCAAUCACCAGGAGGUUCUAGAAAUACCGUGGUCCAAUUUACACAGAGCGGCAGAUGUUUGACUGUGGGAGACGUAGAUGGCAAUGUGCAUGUGUUUUCACUGGAAGACAUGCCGUUUUCGGCAUUUUUCCAGGAGGAUUUAUUGUUUCAUUCUUUGGAAAAAAGUUUGACCACUCAUCCGGUUACAAUGGAAAAAAUAAGGAAGAUACGUAGAGAUAUGUUGUUUCAACAAAAAACCCAUUGA